GUGUGUGUGCACACACACCCUAACUCCCAGGAGAAAUGGCGGGUCUCUGUGGUCUGAAGACCGGUCUGCUCUGGGUGGUGAUCGUCGGAAUGGCCAGCUGUGAAAGCUCUUCAACAACCCUCUCACUUGCACGCACUCCUGUCAGUGGCACAAAUUCUGCGCCAAAUGUCUCCACCUCGUCUCCACUCAGUGGUGCAGCAUCUGCACCCCUCACCCCCACCUUACCUCCACGCACCUCGGCAGAAUCCACUGCCACAACCUCCCUCAAAGCUCCGCCCACCUCUGAAUCCACCGCCUCAGCCUCCUUAACUCCAUCGUCCCCCUUAACCGCCACGUCUGUCUCUUCUCCUGCAAACACCUCAAACGAGACCUCACCAGCACGCACUUCAACCAGCAACCAGUCGUCUUCUCAAACAAACAAUCAGAGCACAGCUUCACCUCCAGACACCCAGAACUCCACAGAGGUCCCUUCUACCACAGUCAGCAAUCCAGUCCUACGCUGCAAUGGCACUUUUAAAGAGAACUCAUCCGGCUUCCAGAUUGACACGACAAACUUUCCCCCAAUCUACACCAUAAGUUUUGUUGAGAAAGGACGACCAGAAAAGAAAAAUGAAUAUUUAAAUGCUCCAAAAGAUCAAAUCAACAAUCUGAAGCCCUGCACUGAUUAUCAGCUCAAUGUCACAAUUAUUAACAACAAUAUGAGCCAAAUAUUCUGCUCUGAAACUAAAAGGACCAGAGAUCUGAUGAACAAAGACAUAAGAGUCACCGAGUGUACUCCUGGAUACAUCUGUUACCAAAGUGACUGGACCAUCAGCCCUUCAGAGUUAAAGCACAACAACAAACCAGCUCAGAAUCAAACGGAUGGAACAUUACGUUUUAAACUUGACGAUGAAGACUUUUGCUCAAGUUUUACUGUAAACUUCACUCCUGAAAACUGCAAGAACUCGUCUUUUACCCUCACCCAAGACAUUUCUACUGAGUUCAUAAAUCCAGAUGCCAUAAAUCAGCGUAAACCUGCUGGACUUCCUGCAGAGAUCAAACCAAAGCUUCCUUCAAACUGUAAACGUCUCAGUGUGGAGUACACCUGUUCAGGACGUGUCUCUGUCCCCGUGAACCUGUCUGACGUGGAGCCCUUCACAGACUACAGCUGUUCUGGUCUGAUCAAGGACAACAGUGUCUCCAUAAAUAAAACUCUUCCACCAGUUCAGAUUAGGAUUGACUGUGAUCUGACGAUCAACAUCACCUACUUAACAACCUACAAAGUAACGGUCACUGCCUCCAAUGGAGUCUUGAAAAGCGAGCCAUUCCAAGUGAAGAUUAAAACUAGCUAUAAUGACAAAGCUCUCAUUGGGUUCAUGGUCUUCCUCAUCAUCCUCACCACCGUGGCUCUUCUUCUGGUUCUUUAUAAGAUCUACGUUCUGAAACGCAGAAAGUCCCAUAGUUUGGGUGAGCGCAUGAUCCUGAUCCAAACAGGAAAUGAAGAGGAAAAUCUGAAGACUGUGGAACCGAUCGCUGCAGAAGUUCUGCUGGAAACCCACAAACGGAAGAUGGCUGACGAAGCAAGAGUUUUCAUGGAUGAGUUUCAGAGUAUACCCAGGAUUUUCUCAAGAUACACAGUGAAAGAGGCUAAGCAGACCUGCAACGCCCUCAAGAACCGCUAUGUGGACAUCCUGCCAUAUGAUUAUAACCGUGUUCAGCUGACCACAGGAAACGGAUCGGCGGGAUGUGACUACAUUAACGCCAGCUUCAUCGACGGGUACAAAGAACCCAAAAAGUACAUUGCAGCUCAGGGGCCAAAGGAAGAAACUUUGUGUGAUUUCUGGAGGAUGAUCUGGGAGCAGCAGUCAUCUAUUAUCGUCAUGGUAACCCGCUGCGAAGAAGGAAACAGGCCCAAGUGUGCUCAGUACUGGCCCUCUCCAGAACGUGAGACUGAGAUCUAUGAGGAAUUCAUAGUGAAGCUGACCUCAGAGGACUACUGUCCCGACUACAUCAUCCGCCAUCUGAGCCUGAUUAACAAGAGAGAGAAGAACUCAGAGAGGGAAGUGACUCACAUCCAGUUCAUAAGCUGGCCCGACCACGGCAUCCCAGGAGACCCACACCUCCUCCUCAAACUGAGGCGACGCGUCAACGCUUUCAAGAAUUUCUUCAGUGGUCCCAUCGUCGUACACUGCAGCGCGGGAGUGGGCAGGACUGGUACCUACAUCAGUAUCGAUGCCAUGAUGGAGGGUCUGGAAGCAGAAGGCAGAGUGGACAUCUACGGUUAUAUUGUCAGACUCCGCAGACAAAGAUGUCUUAUGGUUCAAGUAGAGGCCCAAUACAUCCUGAUCCACCAGGCCCUGCUGGAGCACAACCUGUUUGGAGAGACGGAGAUCCACCUGUCGGAGCUGCACGGCAUGCUGAGCACGCUCAGAGAGAAGAACUCGGAUGGAGAGCCCACGUUAAUGGAGGACGAGUUUGAGAAACUCCAUUCCAUUAAAAACUGGAAGACGAGUAACGUAGGUGUCACCGAAGAAAACAAGAAGAAGAACCGCUGUUCUUCUGUCAUCCCAUUUGACUACAACCGGGUGCUGCUGAGGCUGGACGAAGGACGCAGUCAGGACAGUGACCCUGAUGAAGAGGAAGAGGAUGAGUCAUCAGAUGAGGAUGAGGAUGAGGAAGAGGCCACGAGAUACAUCAAUGCCACCCACAUUACGGGUUACUGGGAGCUAUGCAGCCUGAUCGCAGCUCAGAAUCCACUGCCGAACACCUUUGCUGAUUUCUGGUCGAUGGUUUACCAGAAGAAAGCAUCAACUAUAGUCAUGCUUUCUGAGAACAAAGAGGACAGUGAACCUGUGUACUGGAGUAAAGACAAGGAGACCUUUGGGGACUUUGAGGUGGAAGUGACGAGUACGGAAACCUCUCCGAUUUUCAUCUCCCGCAAGAUGCAGCUCCGUCACGUCAAGAGAAAGGACAGUCGUCUGGUGAAACAGUUCCAGUUCCUGAAAUGGGAGGACACGGGCCUGCCGGAGAAACCUCAGGAACUCAUGGACAUGAUGAAAGACAUUAGGCGCAACUGUGACGGCCAAUCACAGAAAGGCAUGCCCAUUGUGGUCCACUGCAAUGACGGCUCGGCCCGCUCAGGGGUUUUCUGUGCUCUGUGGAACCUGCUGGACAGCGCUGAGACCGAGAAACUGGUGGACGUUUUCCAAGUGGUCAAAACGCUACGUAAAGACAGAAACGGGAUGUUCUCCAGCCUGGAGCAGUAUCAGUUCUUGUACAGCGCUCUGGGGGGCGCCUUCCCUGUGCAGAACGGGGAGGUGAAGGCUGCUGCAGCAGACUGCGUUCACAUUGUGAAUGAAACCGAAGCAGCCGAGCAGCCAGCCUGCACUACCAGCAGCGACCAGCAGGUGGAGGCAGAGAGCACCCCGCUGGUGGCGCAGGGUGAGAAAGAAACCAGACCAGAGGAGACCUGCUCCCCCACAGAGUCCACACAACUGGAGGAAACCAGCAAUGGUCCCUCAGUCACUGUGGGGGUCUGA